AUGAUAUACGAUCAAACCGUUUUCGCAAUUCGUGGUUGGGUCAAGUAUGUCCAGGCUUCAUUAGAAUCAGUUUUGAACUCGAUAGAAAAUGUUUAUCAAGUUUCAGUUCCAUCCAAAAUUAAUCUUUUAUUUGAUGGGAAUUUACCAAUCGGAUCCGGACUUUCAUCAUCAGCUACAAUGACCAUUGGAUCAGUUCUAAGUUUUAGAAGAUUAUUGAGUCGUAAAUCAAAAGUCAUUAAGACACAUUUGGUAAUCAAAUUAGCAAUCGAAAGUGAAAGAUUAUGCCGGAUUAGUGUAGGUGGGAUGGAUCAAACUGCCUCAGUUUUUGGUGAAAUCAAUAAAUUACUUUACAUUACAUUUGUGAUCGCCAAUAGUUUAAUCAAAUCCACCAAAUUAGAUGCAGCAAAACAUCAAUAUAAUCUAAGAGUCAUUGAAACUAGAAUCGGAAGUAAAUUGAUCAUAAAGCACUUUUUACCUAAAACUUCAUCACAAAAUCAUGUCAAUUUAAAAGGAAUCAUGGAUCAAAUUGGCCGGGAAACUGAUGUAAUGAAGCAUGAGGUAUUAGGUGAUGAAAAUGGUUUAGAGAUUGGUCAUGUUUUGGAGAUGUUGGAGAUCGGGAUGGAUCAGUUUGUUACUGAGGUGGAGGAUGGGAUUGAGGCUAUACCUUUGAAGGGUAGAUAUAUGGUUUUUAAUCGAAUUCGACAUGUUUUAACCGAAGCCAAACGUGUAGAAGAAUUUAAAAAUUUAAUUCUUAAUCAAACUUCUGAAACUGAAGAUAUAUUGGAAAAAUUAGGAAACCUUAUGAAUCUAUCUCAUCAAAGUUGUUCAAAAGAUUAUGAUUGUAGUUGUCCAGAACUUGAUGAAUUGAUUGAAAUCGGUUUAAAAUAUAAAUCAUUAGGAUCACGUCUCACAGGUGCUGGUUGGGGUGGAUCUACCAUUCAUUUAAUUAAAGAUGAAGAUUUAGAUGAAUUUUUAAAUGGAUUAAAACAAGAUUAUUAUUUAAAACGGUUUCCAAAUAUACUUCAAGAUGAACUUUCAUCAGCUUUAUUUAAAUCUAAACCUAGUUCAGGUUCAUGUAUCUUAGAUUCAUCAUUUUUUCUUAUGUAA